AUGAGAAAAGUGUGGAUUGGGACAGAGGAUUGGUCGGUGGCAACAGUGAGUAGUAUCCCAGGGAUCAGUACGAUAGGGACAAUCCUCGGUGUCACAGUCCAAUAUACUGAAUUCAGUGGUUUUGAAGAAUUUGAAAGGCUUUCUGUGCCCAGACUUAAAGACACUGGUCUCAACAGCCCAUUCAACCACAGUGUCCCAUGUAUGCAAAAUACAAAGCUUUAUAAAAUAUCUAUUCAAGGCUUUUCUAUGUCCCAGUAUGACAUUGUUUCCUCCUUUAACGUGUAUAAGGCCAUUGUUCCUGAGUCACUGUGUUCUCCAGAGUGUCCUUACGGACACAGAAAGCUCAUGACCGGACAGCAUAAGUGUUGCUGUCCUGCUGCCACCUUCCUCAACAAAACAGGUUACACUUUCUGCCAGGCAUGUGCCAGAGACUACUGGUCUGAAGCAGAGAGUGAGACAUGUAAGAAGAGAGCAGAGCUGUACCUGUGGGGCGCUCCGCUCACUACAGCCCUGCUCAUAUACCUGGGGGUGACCCUGUUUCUCACCCUUGGCACGGCUGUCAUCUUCCUGUUCAACCUCAGUACCCCUGUGGUGAAGUCGGCCGAAGGGAAGACCUGUCUGUUGAUGCUGGCGUCUCUGACUGUGGCCUCCUGCAGCAUGCUGUGUCUCCUCAAACAGCCCCUCUUCAUUAUCAGUUUCACCAUCUGCCUUGCGUGUGUGACCGUGUGCUCUUUCCAGGUAGCCUAUAUAGAGCUCUUUAUUUCUACUAUUUUUUGAGUGUGUGUUGAGCUUAAUUUUUU